CACAGCUGACAGCUGCAGUUCCGUUUCACCUCGGCAGCCUCCACUCCCUCCUCGUCUCGCCCCUUUCCCUUUUCCACCCCGCCACACCUCUCCCCGCCGCAGCACCGGAAUCCAUAGAAGCAGAAGCCUCCGCCACGCGCGUGCCUCUCCCCUCCCCGCCUCGAUCCGGAUGGAGUCCGGGAGCGGCGGCGGCAGGCGGCUGCGGAAGACGGAGUCGGCGGAGAUGCGGUGGGUGGUUCCGGGCGGCGCCUGCGAGGAGGACGAGAUCGAGAGCUCCGACGACGGCGGCGCCGACACCCCGGCGGCCGCCUCGGGCUCCCGCGGUGGCGGGGGCUCGGACGACGACGACGACGGCUACGAGGAGGACGAGAUGCUGCGCCAGCGACUCGUGCGCACGGGCCCGCGCGCCGAUUCCUUCGACGUUGAGGCGCUCGAUGUGCCCGGCGUGUACCGCCACCAGGAAUUUACCAUGGGCAGGAGUAUUGUGCUGACUCUUCAGACGCUAGGUGUUGUCUUUGGGGAUGUUGGUACCAGCCCACUGUAUACCUUCGAUGUAAUGUUCAACAAAUACCCUAUUACUGCAAAGGAGGAUGUGCUUGGAGCACUCUCACUUGUAAUAUACACCCUCAUUCUGAUACCAUUUCUGAAGUAUACCCUGAUUGUUUUGUGGGGAAAUGAUGAUGGAGAAGGUGGAACAUUUGCUUUGUAUUCGCUGAUAUGCAGAAAUGCAAAGGCAAGUCUGCUUCCUAACCAACUACCUUCUGAUACCCGUAUAUCAAGUUUCAAUCUGAAGGUGCCUUCAGUGGAGCUCGAGAGGUCCUUGAAGAUCAAGGAGCGCCUUGAGACUUCAUCUAUGCUAAAGAAGCUGCUGUUGAUGCUUGUUUUAUUUGGUACUUCAAUGGCGAUAGCAGAUGGUGUUGUCACACCGGCAAUGUCAGUUAUGUCUGCUGUUAAUGGCUUGAAGGUUGGAAUAUCUAGUGUUAAUGAAGGUGAAGUGGUCAUGAUCACUGUUGCUUUUCUUAUUGUUCUCUUCAGUCUACAGCGGUUCGGAACAAGCAAAGUGGGGCUUGCUGUUGGGCCUGCCUUGUUCAUAUGGUUUUGCUGCCUCGCUGGGAUAGGAAUUUAUAACAUCAGAAUAUAUGGUUCACAAGUAUUACAUGCAUUCAAUCCUCUGUAUAUCUACUACUAUUUUGAAAGAAAUCCCACUAAAGCUUGGAUGUCCCUUGGAGGCUGUCUUUUAUGUGCAACAGGAUCAGAGGCGAUGUUUGCUGAUUUAUGCUACUUCUCUGUUAGAUCUGUUCAGCUUACCUUUGUGUUUCUUGUUCUUCCAUGCCUUUUACUGGGAUAUCUAGGGCAAGCUGCAUUUCUUAUGGAGAACUUAACUCAAAGUCAGCAGGUCUUCUUUUUGUCCAUUCCAAGUCAGGCAUUUUGGCCAGUUGUAUUCAUAGCUACUUUGGCUGCACUAAUUGCUAGUCGUGCAAUGGCAACUGCUAUUUUCUCAACCAUAAAGCAGGCAACAGCUCUUGGCUGUUUUCCACGCCUCAAGAUUAUUCACACCUCUAGAAAGUUCAUGGGCCAAAUAUACAUUCCGGUGAUGAACUGGUUCUUGCUGGUUUCUUGUCUAGCAUUUGUUACAGUAUUUGGGAGCAUAAAUGAGAUUGGCAAUGCAUAUGGCAUAGCAGAACUUGGGGUCAUGAUGAUGACAACAGUCCUGGUAACCAUUAUAAUGCUUUUGAUAUGGCAGGUGAACAUCAUUGUCGUUCUAUGCUUUCUCACCCUCUUCCUGGGGCUGGAGUUAUUUUUCUUUUCUUCAGUUUUGGGAAGUGCAGCAGAUGGAAGUUGGGUUCUUUUGGUAUUUGCAGCUGUACUGUAUUUGGUAAUGUUCAUUUGGAACUAUGGUAUUAAAUUGAAGUACGAAACUGAGGUCAAGCAAAAGCUUUCAAUGGAUUUGUUGAUGCAGCUAGGCUGCAAUCUCGGUACAGUUAGAGCACCUGGAAUUGGAUUGCUUUAUAAUGAACUGGUCAGGGGGGUUCCUGCAAUCUUUGGUCACUUUCUCACCACACUGCCAGCCAUGCAUUCAAUGAUUAUUUUUGUCUGCAUCAAAUGGGUUCCAGUUCCAGUUGUGCCUCAAAAUGAGAGGUUUCUCUUUCGCCGGGUCUGCCCAAAGAAUUACCAUAUGUUCCGCUGCAUUGCUAGGUAUGGGUACAAGGAUGUACGCAAGGAGAACCCGCAAGCGUUUGAACAGCUUCUGAUAGAAAGCCUUGAGAAGUUCAUACGCCGAGAGGCCCAGGAACGCUCUCUGGAGAGCGAUCAUAAUGACGACACAGACUCUGAAGAGGAGAUUGCAUCUUCAUCAUCAAGAGUCCUUGUUGGCUCCAACGGUAGCAUCUACUCGCUCGGGGUUCCCCUUGCUGAGUCUGCAGGCGCUGUCAACUCAGCCCUGGGAUCAAGUGCGUCGUUUGACGGAUCUCUUGACGAGGCAAUGGAUGGGAGGCGCAGCCUGGACAACGAGCUCUCUUUCAUCCACAAGGCGAAGGAAUCAGGCGUGGUGUACCUUCUAGGGCACGGUGACAUCAGGGCCCGGAAGGAGUCGUUCUUCCUCAAGAAGCUGGUGAUCAACUACUUCUACGCCUUCUUGAGGAAGAACUGCAGGCGGGGCAUUGCGACGCUGAGCAUACCCCACACCAUGCUGAUGCAGGUGGCAAUGCAGUACAUGGUCUAGGGCUUAUACACCCUAUAUUUCCUCCCUUACAUGAUACUAACUCGCGGCGGUAGACAACGAAAGGUGCGAGCGAGAGGUGUUCAGAGCUGUUUUCCAUUUUGAUAGAAUCAGCACUAACCGAUCUGCUGUUUACGAAAGGUGAUCAAAACUGAAACUGGACCCGUUUUGCGGAUGGAAAUAUGGUAUUAUAUAUCAGGCAAAACACCAUUUCAAUGUGAAGCAGGAUACUUCGUCGUC